GGCAGCUGGACCAAGAUGAGGAUCCCUUGGGUCAGAUAGAUUCAGAGGCAAACUCUACGUCUCCUGAAAACGGGUAUCGAGCCACGCACACGAGUCCUAGUAGUACCGAUCGCUCUUUGAACUCACCUACCACCAACUUGGAAAAUAUGGAUCUGCAAGACCGUCACCACGGCAGUCGUCCCAGAGCUUCCAGCGGUGGCGAGACCCAGUCGUCGGAAUCCAAGAUCCAGACUCUUGAGGAUGGAAAGAAUCUUACAGCCCACUCUCUUGGACUCUGCUCAGAGCAAGACACCAACCUCUUGGCCUCAUUUCGAUCCGUCAUCAUGAACGAAAACAGCCGCGUUGCCGGCGACAUCAUGCAGGUCAACCCUGGAAGCCCUGUAGCAGGAACACCUCCUGUGCAUUUCUUCAUACUGAGAGAUUGGUUCAUGCCUUAUGAUAAUACCAUCAAGGACGAAUCAUCACGGCUGAUCGAGGCCAAAGUGGGACUGUACGGUCCGAGCAUGGUUCGGUUGUACUUUAAACACGUCCACCCUGUCUACUGCAUUGUCUCGAAAGUCCGCUUCCUCCGAGCAUAUAAGGAGGACAAACUGAGCAUUCCAGCAUCGCUCCGAGGCGCCGUAUACGCAAUGGGGUCCGCUUACUGGAACGAAGAUCCAAAUCUAAGGACGAUUCAUCGACCCUUUGAGCAGUACGAGCUCUUUCAGGCUGCCACAGCUUCUCUCGAAAGGGAGCUCGAGGCGCCCAAUCUCUGGAGAGUGCAAGCCUGCCUGCUCAUGCUCCACGAGAAGGCCGCGAGUAAUACGACAUUUGAGACGCCGAGGUUAUGGACGCUAUCCGCUCGAGCCGUCUCAUGUGCGCAGAUGGUCGGACUGCAUCGAGAUCCGUCAGAAUGGAGCAUCGCACCUUGGGAGAAGAGUUUACGGAAGAAGUUGUGGUGGGCAACUUACAUGACAGACAUGUGGACAUCUGUUUCUCACGGAAAUCCUCCUCACAUUUAUCGAGCAUCAUACACGACCUCGGAGCUGACGAUGGAAGACCUCCGGUUUGACGAACAUGUGCCGGAAGAUCUUGCCGAUAUGGUGGACGACGCAAGUGCCACAUUCGACGCUUCGACUGCCGCCAGGUUUCUUGAACUUAUUCGACUUACUCAAACAUUGCACACGUUGUUGGAGACUGCUUUCUCCGACCACAGCUACCGAGCUGCUAUGCUCGAUCUUACCGACUACGAAGCCAAGCUCCUGACUAUAAAACAAGACCUCGAGUCCUGGCACUCCCUGAUUCCACAGUGUGUCACCAUGAAUUAUACAUCAAGCAAAUAUCCUUUCCGCAAUAACGGGCCACUCCAUCUGGCCUAUUUCGCAACGCACAUCCUCCUCUUCCGAGCACUAAUGACACCGGCCUCAAUGACGGCUAAGUACAAUCGCCAGUCAUCACUCCAACGCUACUUUGGUGCGGCAAUGGAGCAGGUCAAUGCGUUCUUGGCCUUCAUGGACGAAAUCACACCGGACGGUCUACGUGCAUUCUGGGGUCGACGUAUAUUUCCCUGCUCAUUCCUGGUCAUAGUACUUGGCACCGCUAACGACGACAGAUGGGCGAUCCCAACUCAUUCUUAUCGGCAACUUCCUGAUAUACUUGUUCCUUCUGUCCUCCAGCCCGGAGCAAGUUCAUGCAACAUAUCGACUCCUCGAGCACUUCCAUGAAUCUCUCCAACGGCUAGGUGAACAUGUUGAUGAAGAAUCUGUGUGUCUGAUCCGACCAGUUGCCCUUAGGAUCGACUCCUUCUUCACACAAGCAGCACAGAUUAUGCGACGAGGCUCGGCAUCGGGCUCUUAUUCAGUCGGCAGCAUGAUGAAUGCCUCGCCGUAAAGGUGCUUGCACGAAUCGCACGAACAUGUAACGACGAUUGGUAACACCUUUUUUUCAUUUCGAAAUGUGACUGUCAGGGUGCAUCGACAACAACUUGCGUCCUGCAAGGCUCCAUGAUCCUAUCAACCAAAACCUCGAUCAUGCUGUGGACUUGUCACCUCAUAAUCAACUCUGCACCUUCCGGCACCCACCCGUUCGGGAUCUGGCCUGUGUUAUCCAAGCACUCUCGAUACAGUUUGGUCGCCUGAGUAAUAAACAAUCCUGGGUUUGACGAACACUCUGCCUAUUCUUCGGCGAAACACGUCAAGCCUUGCCAAAAUCUCUCGCAGUCCAUCCAUACGUAUGUGUCAGUCUCCUACCAAUAUUUCUCGCCAUAACAUGUGGAAUCUUGGUGUCUGGAUGUGGUUGAUGCACGUGGAAGCUUCGGCUGAAGUCCGAUCCUUCUGCAGGCGUAAAGUGCCACACAGAACCAUAGAGCUUCUCCGCUGCAAAGCCUACCUUCGUCAUAGCAUGGAGAAAGUCUUUCCAGUCGACUUCACCCUGCCGAUCGUUCGGGUCUUCGGUGUAGAAUAUGGUGCGGAACACUUCCAAAGCGCGGUCUUUCAGCUUAAAUGUGACCUCUUUCGACUUGUCCGCAGCUUCCGGCACUGGAACUUCGGCAUAUCCCUUGACUCCAUCUCGCACAUCGUCAUUUGGUGGAUUACAGAGACCUCGAGUUUUGACUUUUACUUGCCGGGUUUCGAGAACAGGCCGUCUGGGUGUCUCUGGCUCCUGGGUCGGGUAAGCAAUGCUGGCGAUCGGGAUCGCAGAAGAUGGCGUUGUCGAUUUUCUUCGUUCCAUUGGACGGUAUGGGAGCGUUCGGUGUAUCACCCGUGGACCCUUCGAGGACCGCCGCAAGAUAUCAUUGAGCGUCUCUCCUGUGUGACUGAAGAAAAAAUGGUCCCACUUGUUCCAGAAUGUGUCGAGAUUGCAUUCCGCACGCGCCGAAGGCUUUCCACAUUUUGCUCGCCGUAUAUUUUAUGGAUCGGAUAGUCAAGCGAAUCUUUGAUCGGCAGCGGCAGACGAAUCUCACUCGCACUAGCAGAAUUCUCGCUGCCUUUGUCGAUGAUCUUCUGCACGAUGUCGAUGAGCUUGAUCUGCGGGCAAUCUAUGGGCUCCGCAUUCUGUUGCUUUCGCUCGAAUCUCAACGACCAUGGAAACAGCCCGUCAAGCGCUCUACAUAUAUUAGCCAUGAGCGCCAGGUCUGAGAACAUGUCGGCGACUAAGGGAGAUAGUCUCUGCGCCCGUCGCCGGUCGCUUUGAAUGAUACGCUGUAUUUCGUCAACAGUGUGAUAUAGGCCAACUCCCUUGAUAGCAGCGCCGCGGACAUCAAAAAGAAGCUCG